AUUCUGUAACAAUACUACAGAAAGUUCAAUUGGAGCAGGCUUGCUGACCUCACAGGGAAACGCACUAUUUAAGAUCAGGUUACCAGAUGUGCCAACAGAAUUUAGGCAGCUGCUAGCAGAGGUUACCCUGAGUGUUUUAACAGAGAGCAUUUACAAGCUAAUAGCUCAGACAGAAGAAAUGAUCGUGUUAAUUUUCUUUUUUGUCUUGCUGUGGAAUGAGGCUCAAAGUUGGGGAGUCAAGAAUGGAGUACUGCAUAACUCUAUUUGGUUAGAGCGAGCAGCUGGAGUGUACCACAGGGAGGCACGGGCUGGAAAAUAUCAGCUCACCUAUGCAGAAGCUAAAGCAGUGUGUGAAUAUGAAGGAGGACAACUAGCCACAUACCAGCAGCUGGAGGCAGCAAGAAAAAUAGGUUUCCAUGUGUGUGCUGCUGGUUGGAUGGCUAAGGGCAGAGUUGGUUAUCCCAUAGUGAAAGCUGGAUCCAGCUGUGGCUUUGGAAAAACUGGCAUUGUUGAUUAUGGGAUUCGCCUCAACAGAAGUGAGAGAUGGGAUGUCUAUUGCUACAACCUUCAUGCAAAAGAAUGUGGUGGAAUCUUCACAGAUGCAAAGCACAUCUUUAAGUCACCAGGCUACCCAAACGAGUAUGAAAAUAAACUAAUAUGCUACUGGCACAUUAGACUAAAGUACGGACAACGGAUUCAUCUACAGUUCCUGGAUUUUGAUGUUGAAGAUGACACUGCUUGCAUGGCUGAUUUCUUAGAAGUCUAUGAUAGCUAUGAUGAUAUCACUGGCUUUGUGGGCAGGUACUGUGGAGAUGAACUUCCAGAUGAUAUCAUCAGCACAGGAAAUCUCAUGACCUUAAAGUUCUUGUCAGAUGCCUCAGUGACCGCAGGUGGUUUUCAAAUUAAAUAUGUUGCUGUAGACCCACCUUCAAAACCUAAUGAUGAGAAAAAUGCAACUUCCCAAGGAAACACAAACUUCUUGUCUGGAAAAUUUGGCAUUAUGUGAACAGACAGAUCAACAUCACAGAAAAUGCAGUUGGAAUAUAGAGUUAUUAAAUACAAAUACCACUUGAGAUACCUGUUUUGUCCAAUAAGUUACAGCUAUCAUACUAUAUUUGGGAUAGCCAGCAGCCACAGUCGCUUUUUAUCUUAUCCUUCUGACUUUUAUAACUUCUGCUUUAUGUAACUUUUCUUAAUAAAGAAUAUUGGGAAAUAAA